UUAGCGCCUUUCUUUUUUAGCCAUUUCAUGAGUCUCCCCCCCUCACACACACUCUCUCUCUCACACUUCGAAAAUCUCUUCAUUGUCUCAUCUCUACCACUACCCACAAACCCACAGCCACAGCCACAGCCACCACCACCCACAACCACAGCCACCACCACCACCACCCAAAAAUCGAGCCUAGUUAGGUCCAAAAAAAAAAUGGGUCAGGUCUAGCCCGACCCAUUUCUUUCAUCCGAACUCUCUUGACAGAAACCCAUGGCUUGAGCUACCUGAUCGCAUCACCUCAAACCGGCACCGCCACCACUGGAGGCGGCUUGCUCCUCAUCAAAAACCCUUACCGAGAUCUCUCUAAUCUAGGUUCGAUCUCUCUCUCUCCCUCUAGACCUUGAUCGACCUUUCCGAUCAACAUUCCUUUGAGCUUUGAAUUCGACCACUCUGUUUUGUCCAACUUGGCUCGCAAAGUUCCAGAAAGUGCGUCCAGCAUUGGUGUAAUGAGAAAGGAGAUAUAACUUGUGAGAUCUGCCAUCAGGCACUAGCGAAGCGAGGAAAUGCAGUGAACACACUACACAACACAAUCACAUUUGAAAGUUCUCAAGAAAGAAUAGGAGGAAAGGAGAGCCAAAGAAGAGAAUACAGGCAAAACCAUAAGAACUGGUCAGCUACUUACAAAAAAUAAUUUCUUGAUUGCAAAAAGAAGAGGCACUAUAAAUUCGUGUGAUCAAAGCAAGUGAAGUUGGUGAAAGACUUAAGGUACUUGUCAAGACUUAAGUCUUACAUGCAUAAUAAAACUUAUCUAGAAGGCUCCAUUGCAGAAGGGUAUAUAGCAGAGGAAUGCUUAACAUUUUGUUCACACUAUUUUAAAUCUAUUGAAACUGCAUUCAAUCGGCCUAUAAGGAAUGUUGAGGAAUCCAUGGGUGCGAUGGUGAGCAUUACACUAGAUUCAAAUUCAUGGAUCCAAGCAUAUCGUUAUGUGCUAUUCAAUUGUGAAGAAAUCACCCCAUUUCGCGAACUUUGACAGUUGAAAUGGCAAGGCGAAAGGCAAAUCUGCGCACACGUCCCAAGAGUGUAACAUUGGAAAGAGCUUCUUCACAAGAUGCGAAUGAAGUGGGAGACCAAGAAACGCAUGAAGCUUCUACACAAGGAUCAGAUGUGCAACCAGCUAUACGUGUCACUCGCGGGCCAAACAAGUACUUAGAAAUUUGGGAUCUUCUCGAUGACCAAGAAAUUGAGUUGCCACUAAAUAGUAUGCAUCAGCCGGUUGAUGAGGGAGCGAGGACUUUCACUGGUUUCUUGGGUACGAUUGCACGGAAACCCCACAUGUGCCCGAUUAAAUACCUUGAUUGGAAGGCCAUGCCAGAAAAACUUAAAGAAGAGUGUUGGCGUCUUGUAAAGCGAAAAUACCAAGUCCCUGAUAAUCCUAAGGCAUAUGAGGGUCUGAAGAAAUUUACUUUACAAAAAAUUGGGAAGGCUUGGAGAGAUCAUAAGUGUAGGCUGAAGGCUAAGCAUUAUAUACCGCAUUCAAGAAACAAAGCACGGGUGAAGAGCAAUCGACCUAGGAAAUGCAUACUAGAAGAUUGGGAUAUACUUGUUGAUCAUUGGUAUACUGAUGAUGCAGUGAUAGAGUCAGAUAAGAAUAAGGAUCGUCGUUCUAAACAGGAUGACAUACAUACUGGUGGUUCGUGUGGCUAUGUUAUGCACGCUGCAAAAAAGGCAAAAACGGAUGGACAUCCUAUAGAGCGUGCAGUAUUAUUUCAAAUUCUACGUACUCGUAAAGAUGGAUCUGCAGUUAAUCCUGUAAUGAAAGAAAAAAUGGAUAAAAUGAAGGAAUUGUUGGUUGACCCUAAGAAUCAAUUGCAGUCAUUUGACAGAAGUGGGAGUAUUGCAUGGUCAACAGAUGAUGUGUUUGCCAAAGUGAUGGGUAAGGAGCGCAAAGGUCGCAUUCGUGGGGUAGGAUUUGGUCCAACCCCAAGUGGUCAAAGUAGCAAGACUACUCUCACGGACAGUGAAAUACAAUCAAGUCAAGCAAGGGACAACGAACUUGCACAAUUGAAGGCUUCCUUGGCUACUAUGGAGGAGAAACUAGUAGGUUUUGACAAAAUGAAGGAAAAAAUUAGUCAAUUCGAAGAAAUGGAGCAAAGAAUGGCUCGCAUGUUUCAACAAAUGCAACAAAUUUCUACACAAUGCAAUCAGGAUGCUCCUUUGAUCGAACAAUCUCCAGCUCUCUCCAAAUCAUCAGCCGCAUCUCAUCAACCAAGAAGCUUAUAAGUUUUAUCUUAGAGUUCUUGGACUUUUUUGUGUACAAAGAACUAUAGAAGAACAACCGCAUUUUUUGCAAGUGUUGAAGGAUCUUUUCAAACACUUUGGAACUUUGAUUAUAGGAUUAGAUUAAUUUGAGCGGUUGUUUUAUUCAAAGGACCACAUCUUUUUUUUGUUAAUUUUAAGAUGGUGGUUAUAGAUAAUGUUAUGUAUUUGAUAAUAUAUUUCUAUGUUAAUAUUACGUUAGUUUCAAGAUA